AUGGGUCAAAAAUAUUCGAUCCCUACCGGGGGCAGCCUAGAAGUAGACAUUGUAAUGCAGAGGGAGGAAAUCUGGUAUAAUAAUCGGCUUCCCUGCAGUCGCGCUGUUUUUAUUUUCUUGCCUGUUGCGAUCUAUGGUCUACCAGUCAUCACUAUUGGAGUGUCACUGGACAAAGUCUGCAUGUUCAAACUUUUUCUGUUGCUCAUCUUCAUGGUGCUGAUUUUACCAUUGCUCGGCCUCCUCAGUAUGGACUUCUUUUUCCAGUGGCUGUUAGGCAGUGAGGAGGACUGGGAAGGUGUUGAACGCUUGGAAUGUUUGCUCCUUCCCAACCAAGGAGCAUUCUUUGUAAAUUACAUAAUCAACUCCGCGUUUGUAAGAAAAGGAACAAAUUUGAUUCGUUUUCCAGAUGUCUUCUAUUUUGUAUGGAAUAUGGUGACUGCAAAGUCUGCAGGAGAAAGGAACACCAUACGGAAGGAAUCCCCAACUGGCAAAGAAUCAAAAAGUGAAGAAGUCAGAUACCAGUGGAAUGAAUCAACACCAAGUCGCAAAGAUUAUGUAGUAAUAGACAUAGAGGAUGAAACACCUGGCUGA